AUGGCAAAGAAGAAACUGAAACUGAGGAACCAAGGUCCCUAUGUUAUACUGGACAAUGGGUUGGUAAAGCUUACAAUUUUGAGGCCUCAAGGGUACUUAACUGGCAUCAGUUAUGGAGGAAUGGACAACCUUUUAGAUAUCAAGUCAAAUGAAUCUAGCAGAGGAUACUGGGAUAUCAACUGGAGUUUGCCAGGAGGUCAAGACAUAUACACUUUACUGAAAGGAGCUGAAUAUAGCGUUGUCCAUGAGAGCAAUGACAGCUUAGAGAUUUCAUUCAAGAACACCUAUAAUCCAUCAUCAGCUCAAGGUGUCAAAUUGCCGCUAAGUGUAGAUAUAAGGUACAUAUUAAGGACCGGUGUUUCAGGCUUCUACAGUUAUGCAAUAUAUGAGCGCCCUUCUGGAUGUCCUGCUUUUGAUCUUGCUCAGACAAGGAUGGUGUACAAGUUGCGAAGAGAGAAGUUCCACUACAUGGCAAUAACAGAUGAAAAACAAAGGAUAAUGCCAAUGCCUGAGGAUCUGCUUCCAGGCAGAGGCAAACAACUAAUUGUACCUGAAUCAGUUUUGCUAGUAAAUCCCAUCAAUCCCGAUCUCAAAGGCGAGGUUGACGAUAAGUAUCAGUAUUCAAUGGACAACAAAGAUGGUGGAGUCCAUGGAUGGAUAAGUUCUGGCCCCAUUAUAGGAUUUUGGGUCAUCUUUCCCAGCCAGGAGUUUCGCAAUGGAGGCCCUACCAAGCAAAAUCUCACAGUCCACACUGGUCCAACCUGCCUUGCUAUGCUUCAUGGAACCCAUUAUAUUGGGGAAGAUAUAUUAGCUCAUUUUGAAGAGGGAGAGACUUGGACUAAAGUGUUUGGCCCCUUCUUUGUAUACCUUAACUCAACCCCAGAUGUAUCAAAGGCACAUAAUUUAUGGAUAGAUGCGAAAAAACAGAGGUUGUUUGAAGAGACAGCGUGGCCUUAUGAUUUUGUCUCAUCACCCUACUAUGUCGCUGCUAAAGAGCGUGGUUCGGUUUCAGGAAGAUUAUUCGUCCAGGACAGGUUAGUACCAACAAAUGGGGAUUUCUGUUUAACCAAACCAUUCCAUGGCACAACUGAUUCUAUGGACUAUCAGUUUUGGGUGGAAACAGAUUACACCGGAAACUUCACCAUCAAGAAUGUUAUCCCUGGAGUAUAUGGACUUCAUGGCUGGAUCCCUGGUUUCCUGGGUGAUUACCUUGGCAAAGAACAUAUCACCAUCUCCGCAGGAUCACAAACACAACUUGGAAAUCUGACCUAUGUUCCCCCAAGAGAUGGUCCAACUCUCUGGGAGAUUGGCUUCCCCGAUCGAACGGCCAUAGGUUACUAUGUUCCUGAUGUGAACCCAAUGUAUGUCAACAAGCUGUUCCUUAACAGCCCUGAAAAGUUUAGACAAUAUGGCUUGUGGGACAGAUACACUGAUGUACACCCUCAAUUUGACCAGACCUUCACAAUAGGCAGCAGUAAUCCAAAAAAUGACUGGUUCUUUGCUCAUGUAGACAGGAGGGGGGCAGAUAAUAAAUACCUUCCAACAACAUGGACAAUCAAGUUCAACCUCAACUCUGUAACUACUGGCACAUACAAGCUGAGACUGGCAAUUGCUUCAGCAACCCGCUCAGACCUGAAAGCCCAUGUUAAUGAUAUGGAUAUAGAGCACCUGGUGUUUCAAGUUUUGAACUUGGGUACAGAUAACACAGUUUGUCGACACGGAAUUCAUGGACUCUACCGGCUUUUCAGCUGUGAUAUUUCGUCAUCAUUUCUGGUUAAGGGAGAUAACUCCAUAUUUCUUACACAAGCUAGGGGUGGUGAUGCACUCUGUGGAGUUCUAUAUGACUAUGUAAGACUGGAGGCUCCUGCAGCCGCAGAGAGAUCUGAAUUAUCAACAUUGGCUUGA